CUUAGGAGCAGAGAUCAGCGGCCCGGCUGGGUGCUUAUGUUUCACUUCCUGGUCCUAGUUCUCUGUGAAAUCCUUGUGGCCAGAGCACUGGAUAAUGGCUUAGCGAGGACGCCUACUAUGGGCUGGCUGCAUUGGGAACGUUUCUUGUGCAACCUUAACUGCAAGGAAGAGCCGGAUUCCUGCAUCAGCAUUGGGGAUGGAACCCAAGGCCUAACCCAUGUUGGGCCAGUUUUCACUGCUGAACUGUAUCUCCAGUCCCUGUUUUGAAAUUCUUGGUGUGGAAGUAUUCAGGGAUAAAGUGAGCAGCUCUUCAUGCAGAUGGCAGAACUCAUGGUCUCAGAUGGCUGGAAAGAUGUAGGUUAUGAGUACCUUUGCAUUGAUGACUGUUGGAUGGCUCCCCAAAGAGAUUCAGAAAAUAGACUUCAGGCAGACCCUCAACGCUUUCCUGGUGGGAUCCGCCGCCUAGCUAAUUAUGUUCAUAGCAAAGGGCUGAAGCUGGGGAUUUAUGCAGAUGUUGGAAAUAAAACCUGUGCUGGCUUCCCUGGAAGUUUUGGGCACUAUGACCUUGAUGCUCAGACCUUUGCUGAUUGGGGAGUAGAUCUACUAAAAUUUGAUGGCUGUUACUGUGACAGUAUAAACCAUUUGGAAAAUGGUUAUAAGUACAUGUCCUUGGCCCUCAACAGGACUGGCAGAAGCAUUGUAUACUCCUGUGAGUGGCCUUUAUAUCUGUGGCCCUUUCACAAGCCUAAUUACACCGAUAUCCGACAGUACUGCAAUCACUGGAGAAAUUUUGAUGAUGUUUCUGAUUCUUGGCAAAGUAUAAACGAUAUUUUGGACUGGACAUCAUCUCGGCAGGAAGAAAUUGUUGAUGUCGCUGGACCAGGGGGUUGGAAUGACCCAGAUAUGUUAGUGAUUGGUAACUUUGGCCUCAGCUGGGAUCAGCAAGUAACUCAGAUGGCCCUCUGGGCUAUCAUGGCAGCUCCUUUACUGAUGUCCAAUGAUCUCCGACAGAUCAGCCCUCAAGCCAAAGCUCUACUUCAAAAUAAGGAUGUGAUUGCCAUCAAUCAAGACCCCUUGGGCAAGCAGGGGUACUGCCUUAGAAAGGAAGACAACACUGAAGUGUGGGAACGACCGCUCUCAAAUUUAGCUUGGGCUGUAGCUGUGAGAAAUCUGCAGGAAAUUGGCGGACCUCGUUCUUACACUAUCACAAUUGUUUCCCUGGGUCAUGGAGUGGCCUGUAAUCCUGGCUGCUUCAUUACUCAGCUCCUUCCUGUGAAAAAAGAGCUGGGGUUCUAUGAGUGGACUUCAAGCUUAAAAACUCAAAUAAAUCCUACAGGCACUGUUUUGUUUCGGCUAGAAGCAGCCACAAUAGUUCAAAAAAAUUAAAUGCACUUGGGGAUGUGUAUUUUGGCAGUGUGUCUACCCCACUUCCUGUUCAGUCUUCACCCGUUUCCAGUUAAAAAGCUGGAUUCCUGUACACAAAAUUUCUCAACUUUGGAAUUUUCUUUUUUACAGUGCUAACGAUUGAACCCAGAGUCUCUGGUUUGCUAGGAAAGCACACUAUCACUAAGCUACAUUCCCAAGUCCCAGAUUGGAACUUUUAAAAACUUCUAAACCGGGUGUGGUAAACUGUGUGUGGUAUUACACCUCUACUAAGACUGGGAAGGCUGAGGCAAGAUUGCUGAGAGUUCACGGCCCGCUGUACUACAUAGUAAGAUCCUCUCAACAAAACAAGAAAAACUACUUCUAAAGGCGUAAAGGCAACCGACUGGAAAAGGCUUUUGAAACUAAUGUUCUAAGAAAUAAUAGCUGUAAUUUAUUGAGUAUUUUCUGUGCAAGGAACUGUAAUGGAUGGACAAAAUGUUACUGAUUAAUUUUAACCCUCAACAAUACCCACCAGCGCAGGUGUUCACUCACCGUAAAUUGCAGAGCCAGGAUUUAACCCCAAGCUCUUAACCACUGUACUGCUGCCGAAUGAGGCACUUGGAUGGCUAUUUACAAUAUUAAUGCAAAGAGAAAAUGAAGUUUUCUUGGUUGAAGGGCAAAAAAGUUGCUAGGUAACAAUAACCUUGAUAAACUAGUAACUACUCUCACCAAGAAUAACUAGGUAAUUUUAACCUAAUAAACCCUCCUCCCCUUAAAAUCAACUGUCUUGUUAUAUAAGAUGGUGAUUUUCAAACUGGGUAUUUAAACAAACAAUUUAAAAGGAAUUUCCAUUUUCUAGUACUCAGGAUUGAACCCAGAGCCUUCACACUGAGCUAUAUUGCUAGCCCACCUCCCCCUUUUUUUUUUUUCAGGUAGUCUCACAAAAUUAGAGGCUAGAUUCAAGUUUGUGACUUCCUGCUUGAGCCUCCCAGUGUUGGGAUUGCAGGCACAUGCUACCAUGUAUUCAAGACACACUUCUGCGUUUUUCCUGUUUUGUCUGAGAAUGCAUUUAUAACCAACCACCUUUCUCUCACAGGAGCAAAAAUAUUUAAAAAGUAUGUAUCUCACCCUUCUUGAAUGUACACACAAUACCAGAAGGCCCAUCUAACACUUUUUUUUGACACAGGGUCUCACUCUGUGGUGCAGGGUAGUCUCAGAGUUCCUCCUGCCUCAGCCUCCCAAGUGCUGGAAUUACAAGCAUGAACCACCAUGUCCAGCUAAAGGGCCUGUCCAAAACACAAAAGUGCAUGCUGGAAUAAUUUUACCCACCAGGUAAUUAUUUCACACAAAAAUUUGAGGACUAAUACAUACUUAGUUCAUAAAACUGUGAUAGAAUUACUAAACCUAAACUAGGUGUGGUAAUGCAUGCCUGCAAUCCCAGCAAUGGGGAGACUGAGGAAGUAGGAUCACUGAAUUUGAGGCCGGCCUUUUUUUUUCUCAGAAAAGUCAUUAAACCUGUACUUGUCUGUAAAUAUACAAAUUUGGCAAAUUGCUCUGCCUUGAGAUGCACCUCCAGUUAUGAAAUUUAUACAGCAUUAUUUGUUUUACCCUAUUUUUGCUGCUUAAAUACAGAGUUCAGUAUCUGUAAGAAUGAAGUAUAAGAAUAUACGAUUUGAAAUUACAUCAAGACAUUAUUUUUAAGUGUCCCUGAUUAGCCGGGCGUGGUGGCUCAUGCCUAUGAACCCCAGCACUUGGGAGGCUGAGGUGGGAGAAUUUUUGCGAGUUCAAGACCAGCCUGGGCUAUAAAGUGAGCUCAAGGCCAGCCUGAACUGCAUAACAGACUGUCUCAAAAAAGACAAAAAAAAAGGUCCCUGAUUAAGAUUCCUUGGGGCACUCAACACAAUAGUUCAGUUGAAUGUUCUAGUUUAAAAGUGGGGGGGGGGUUUAUAAGUCUGAAGACAAACAUAAUAUAUAAUGUAUUGGUGCCUGGAAAACACAGCCAAAGUUCGUUAUCAAAGGUCUUAAAUACCAGUAGGUUGCCUAAUUCUUGAUACACUUUAGCCAGUAUGGCUAUAUUACUGAACCUGUCCCCAUUAUCCUCAAACAUGUCACUUAGGUAACAUAACCAACUUUUAACAGCAAACAGGAUCCCAUGACAACCCAAGGGCUUAAAAGUGUCAAAUUAAAUCUCUAACAUUUGAUGUGAAUUCAACCAGUCAAAUUCAAUCAAGAAAUACUAAAAAGAACCACGAAGCAGGAAUUUCCCAUGAGAAAUUUUGCUGAUGGCUUAUGGUAGCUUAUUCCUACCCAAAAGACAUAAUACAACCAAUGAAGUAAAUGUGGCAAGAUUUUAUUGUCUUCAUAAAAAAACAAAACAUGAAGUUAAAACUGGAUCACUUGGCCCUGUAACAGAAGGGAAAAAAAAGUUGAAAAUUGUAUUUCAUUUAGCUAUUUCUUAUGUUUAUUUCAAUUAAGGGAAAAAUUUAAAAAAUUAGGAUAUAUAGUAGUAACUCUUUUUGAUCUCCUAUUAACUUGUUUUGAAGUCCUGUAAUACUCCCAAGAUCUUGUUUUGACUGAUUAGACUCUGUUCCAUUCUGUGCGAUAGUAGCAAGUCUGAGGGUAUAGGCAACUAAUUUGAAGGCAAUAAGAUUCACAAAGAUGCCCAUUCUGGUUUGACUAUUGUCUCCUUUGGAAGUCCUGUAAUGUUCACAAUGCCUAAGUUUUAUUGGUCUUGUUCUCCACUGUUUUGUCCAACUUUAUAAUAUCUAAUGAGAUAGACAAUUCCUUUUAAGGAAACAAGAGACAAUGCUGAUAACCAUUGUUAAUAACCUUGUACUCUGUUCUACAUUAUGUGCUAUGUCUAUCCUUGGUUUUGACUUACAGCUUUGUUUUGCCAUAUUUGACUUUAUUCUCUCCCCCCCAAAAAAAGUAAUAAGAACUAAGGAGUAAUAAAAUCCAAAAUAUGUAAAUUUUGUUGUAAAAAAGAGAGGGAGGGAAAAAAAAAAGAGCUCUAACGGAUAUAACAGCAAGUGUGUUUAGGGAUGUUAAAUAGCUGACUAUAUUAAUGUUUUUGGAUCAUUGAACACAGCUGUUUGCAGUCUCUCUGUUUGAAUGUCUAAUUUGUAUUCUUUGAUACUGUGAUUUGAGCAACUAUUUCCAAGGUGAUAAUAUGUAAUCUAUUAACAGGUGAUUUCUUACUGUUAUGUUUUUUUUUUGUAGUUCUGUAUUAUGUGUAACCUUACACUGCUUUGUUUUGUUUUGUGUUUUUCUCUUUUUCCUCUUAAAUAAAGAGAUCACCAUGCUGAA